AUGGCUGAAACUCUGGACCGAACCGGGCGGCGAGCAGGGAAGCCGAUUGAACUCGCGAUUCCGCUUCCAAAUGCACCGCAAACUAAGAUCUACAUCCGCCUCACCAUCAGCGCGACCUCUAUACUCGUUCUGUUGACCACAGUUUUCGGAGGGGAGAAUGCCAUCAAACCUGCUUUGGGGUCUUUUGUUUAUGCUUUACCAGAUCGGGUGAAUCCAGGCCAGACCUUAUGUACGCAGCUCUACACUUACGAAUCCUCCAUCGAUUUCACAACCCGCCUAGCCAAACUCCUAGCAAGGAAAAGCAAGAUACCUGUCUAUGUUGGCAAUUCAAUGGAGUUUUCGAGCGCAGGCAUGGGAGGGACCGUCGAGGAAGAGAUGGCAGGGUUUAAGGCUGUUGUGGAAGUGGUAAUGGCCGAGGUCGACCAUCUCAGUCAACCAAGCGAUGACGGGAUCAAAAACCCUUCAUGA